ACGUUUUUGCAGAUGUAGCAAAACAUCCGCAUUGACGCUCGCGCAUCCAGUCAGCGAGCACGAGGAAACUUUUCGACGUAUCUGCUCACCAAAACAAGAAGCCGCCGAGGUUCUCCUAUCCCGGUUCUUUCCUCCAGACCAUGCCCCAUGACCCCGACCUUCCUCCGGCAAAAAAAUUCAAGCCGGGGUCCGUGUUUUUCCGCCUGGAGAAGAAUAAACCUGGAAUGCUGCUGCCCAGAAAAGGAAAUGUGACCACACCGAUUGACGUCCAGAGGAAACAGCUUCCAAUCUACCAGGCGAGAACUCGGCUAGUGAACGAGCUGAGACAGCUUCAUAACGCUAUUGUUAUAGGUGAGACUGGCUCCGGGAAGACCACUCAGAUCCCCCAGUACCUGUUUGAAGCCGGUAUCGGCAGGCAGGGCUUGAUCGCCAUCACCCAGCCACGUCGGGUCGCUGCUAUCUCACUGGCAGCCAGGGUGUCCGAGGAGAAGAGGACUCAGCUUGGGAAGCUGGUUGGCUACACGGUGCGUUUCGAGGAUGUCACCUCGCCCGAGACGAAGCUGAAGUUCAUGACGGACGGGAUGCUCCUGCGUGAGGCCAUCGGAGACCCCAUGCUGCUGCGCUACACCGUGGUGGUCCUGGACGAAGCCCACGAGCGCACCGUGCACACCGACGUGCUGUUCGGCGUGGUGAAGAGCGCUCAGCGCAGACGCAGGGAGCUGAACAAGAUUCCCCUGAAGGUCAUCGUCAUGUCUGCCACGAUGGACGUGGACUUGUUCUCGGAGUACUUCAACAAGUCGCCUGUGCUGUACCUGGAGGGGAGGCAGCAUCCCAUUCAGAUCUACUACACCAAGCAGCCCCAGUCGGACUACGUGCAGGCUGCCCUCGUUUCUGUCUUCCAGAUCCAUCAGGAAGCACCGCAGUCCCACGACAUCUUAGUGUUCAUGACAGGCCAGGAGGAGAUCGAGGCUCUGGCCAGGACGUGCAGAGACAUCGCAAAGCAUCUCCCUGACAGCUGCGGCCCCAUGGUGGUCAUCCCUCUGUACGCAUCGCUGCCCCCAGCUCAGCAGCUCAGGGUCUUCCAGCCAGCGCCCAAGGGGUGCAGGAAGGUCAUCCUCGCCACCAAUAUCGCAGAAACAUCAGUCACAAUCUCUGGGAUCAAAUACGUCAUCGACACGGGGAUGGUGAAGGCCAAGCGGUUCAAUCCUGACAGCGGUCUGGAGGUGCUGGCAGUCCAGCGAGUUUCCAAGGCUCAAGCGUGGCAGCGAGCCGGCCGGGCUGGCAGGGAGGACGCCGGCUUCUGCUACCGGCUUUACACCGAACAGGAAUUCGACAACCUCAUCCCCACGACUGUGCCUGAGAUCCAGAGGUGUAAUUUAGCUGGUGUGAUGCUGCAGCUUAUGGCGCUGGGCAUUCCUGAUGUGAUGAACUUUGAUUUUAUGUCCAAACCUUCUCCAGAGGCCGUCCGCUCUGCUGUGGAGCAUCUGGAGCUGCUGGGGGCUGUGGAGAGGAAGGACGGCCAGGUUCUCCUCACUGCUCUGGGCAAAAGGAUGGCCAGCUUCCCUCUGGAGCCCAGAUAUGCCAAGACCAUCCUGCUGUCCCCGGACUUCUCCUGUUCCGAGGAGAUCCUGAGCAUCGUGUCUCUGCUGUCGGUGGACACCGUCCUGUUCAACCCUCUGGGCCGGCGGGACGAGAUACUCGCGGCACGCAAGAAGUUCACUUCCAGCGAGGGAGAUCACAUGACUCUGCUCAACAUCUACAGAGCUUUCAAGAAAGUCGGCGGUAACAAGGAGUGGUGUCGGGAAAACUUUGUCAACAGCAGGAAUAUGGGCCUGGUGAAAGAUGUUCAGGCUCAGCUCAGAGAAAUCUGUCUGAAGCUGAACCUGAAGCUCGAGUCCUGCGGGGCCGACACGGGGAGCGUCCGCCGCUGCCUCGCCCAUGGGAUGUUCAUCAACGCCGCCGAGCUGCAGCCCGAUGGAAGCUACCUGGCUCUGGACACCCACCAGGCCGUCGCCAUCCACCCGUCCUCCGUCCUGUUCCAGGCCAAGCCGGCGUACGUGGUCUUCAACGAGCUGCUGCACACGUCCCGCUGCUACAUGAGAGACCUGUGCUUGGUCGACGCAGACUGGCUGCUGGAUGCAGCGCCGGAGUACUUUGGCCGCAAGCUGCACCUCACCAGGAGCUAACAGGAUUGCACUCUUGAAUAAAUGAGGGACUUUUAAACCUUUUGGUGUCCACUACCUCCUAGCUGACAUGGGAUAAGAAAGUCUGAAUGCAGCUGUACAAAUCUCUUUCAGGAUCUGCAUGCAUUUCAGGGGCACAGAUAACUUCACUGGAGCACAGUUGGCAGGACUCAGAAGAGCCAAACUUCUGGACCUCGGCUGCACGUUUCAGUGUAUCUGGAUUAUAGCAGUGACUGCCUUCAAAACGUUAGCUUGAAGAUCAGUGACGUCCUCAACCUUCUCAGCAGGUAGUUUUUAGGUUUAUACGGAUAGUCUUUGAGAAUUUUCUGCAAAGACGGUAAAAUCUGUCAUAAUCUGUUCGACAGAACAGAAAUUCACGUUUGAAUUAAAUGAAAAUAUUUCCAUAUUCUAAUGGCAUUGCUACGUUGGCUCGUGCAUGUAAAACCUGGACAUUGCAUAUGAGAGUAUGUGGCUUGCCUUUUCUCUUCAUGCUCUACUCCUCAGUGUGUAUUGGGACAGAUUGUUACCUAGACAACACACAGAUGCUGGGUUAUUGUAGCUGCUAGACAUCUAAUGUAUGCAGUGCAUGGACAUAAAAGUAAAAUAUCUAAAAUAUAAGUUAUGUUGAAAAAUAUCAGUUUUAUUUUUUACUGUGGACUCAGGUUUGUACUAUAUAUAUUUAUAUAUAUGUAUAUAUAACCUUAAAAUAAAUGCACCAAAUUCCAACUGCUGUAGCUGAUGUAUUUUGAGGUUCCUGCAGAGAAUUAAAGCUACAGUUUUGUUUUUUGUUUUUUUGUUGUUUUUUUUUUGACUGAAUUACCAAGGGAUCACUCUUACUGUGACGUCUGCAACUAGAGGUGAAGCUUUUGAAGUCAGCAAAUACUUCAUGUGCAUGCAUGUAAUUUGUAAGAACAAAUGCAAGAAUUGAAUGAAUUCAUAAACUGUGUAUAUGAUAAGAAUUUGUUAUAGUCUUGCAUAGCCAAAGUUGUUUCUAAUAAAAAAAAACUGUUUACACUUGUCCAAAACACAA